AAGUUUUAAAACUCUUUAAAAGGCCUAAUGUCCCCAUUUCCUCUGCUCUUAUCAUGUUUACUCUUAUUCCUGUUAUCUUGUACGAGUGACAAACGAACGAACGAACUAACUAAAUAAGAUAAAUAAAUAAAACUACAGGUGAUAUUUAAACGGGAAGCAAUCCUCCUUCGAAAUAGCCCCAUGAACACUGAUUAUGCUCAAGUGGGGAGAGGAAACGAAAGUGUGACUUGAACUGCAGCAUGCUGAGAUGGGGUGGGGAAGGCCUGGCUGCCUAACAACUUGGCGUGACCCUCCACGCUGCAACUUUUACUCAUAACCCUCCCUUGCUGUUUGCACUUUGCGUCUGGGCUCUUUGCCUUUGAGGCUGUGAGUAACCAGGGCGGAACGCACACAGAAGAGCUAAUGAGGAAGAUCCUCAAUGCCACACUUCCUGCUGCUCUCCAUUUCUCGUCCUGCCAGAAACAGCAACUAGGAGGAGGAGGAGUCCUAGGCGAGGCGUUUGCCCUGCCUGCUGACCGGGGCUGGGCAUGCAACAGGCGGGAGUACAACCUGUUUAACACACCCCUGGGUUCCCGGACUGCGCCGCUGGCCCCCUUCUCCCCUUCAUUUUAGCGUGGAAGAAAAAGGGGGGAAAGGAGGCUCCGGAGGAAAGGCGCCAGAUUCCGCAGGCUGUUUGCUCGCCCCUUCGGUCUCCUGGGCGAAGCGUCCAGAUCCGACGUGUCAGCAAGAACGUCUGGCCAGCGCUCUCGCUGCGAAGCGAGCCUACGCGAUUUCCCCACCGCCUCUCUCUCUCCCUCUCUCUCUCUCCAGCGCCAGGCAAUGCCCGCCGUCGACAAACUUCGCCUAGAAGACGCUCUGCAAGAUAGUCCGCAGACCCGCUCGUUGCUGAGCGUAUUUGAAGAAGAUGCAGGAACACUCACAGAGUACACCAACCAACUGCUUCAAGCAAUGCAGAGAGUUUAUGGGGCACAGAAUGAAAUGUGCCUGGCAACACAACAGCUUUCCAAGCAUCUUCUUGCCUAUGAAAAACAGAAUUUUGCCUUGGGGAAAGGAGAUGAAGAAGUGAUAUCUACGCUUCAGUCCUUCUCAAAAAUUGUGGAUGAGCUUAAUGUUUUACACACUGAACUGGCAAAACAACUUGCAGACACAAUGGUUCUUCCUGUCAUCCAGUUUCGUGAGAAAGAUCUUACAGAAGUAAGCACUUUAAAGGAUCUCUUCAGUCUUGCAAGCAAUGAACAUGACAUCUCCAUGGCCAGGUACAGCAGACUACCCAAAAAGAAAGAGAAUGGAAAGCUAAAGGCUGAAGUUGCCAAAGAGGUCGCCAGUGCCCGAAGGAAGCAGCAUCUGUCAUCAUUACAAUAUUACUGUGCCUUGAAUGCUUUACAGUAUCGUAAAAGAAUUGCUAUGAUGGAGCCCAUGCUGGGAUACGCACAUUCACAGAUUAAUUUUUUGAAGAAAGGAGCAGAGAGGUUUUCAAAAAAGCUGGAUGGCUUUUUAACAUCGGUUACAAAUACGGUGCAGAGCAUCCAAGAAGAAUCGGAUGCCGAAAUUGAAGCCAUGCGGGUAUCUCAGCAAGAUCUGCUUUCAGUUGGGGAAUCAGUAUAUACGCCCGAUUUUGAUGCUUCUCCUGUCAUCAACAAAAAUCUUAUCCAGAAAGCAGGCUACCUAAACCUUAGAAACAAAACAGGCCUUGUGACAACCACGUGGGACAGGCUGUAUUUCUUCACUCAGGGCGGAAACUUGAUGUGUCAGCCCAGGGGUGCAGUCGCUGGUGGAUUGAUUCAAGAUUUGGACAACUGCUCUGUGAUGGCCAUUGAUUGUGAGGACCGACGUUAUUGCUUUCAGAUCACCACUCCAACAGGAAAACCAGGCAUAACCCUCCAGGCAGAAAGCAAAAAGGAAUAUGAGGAGUGGAUAAGUGCAAUCAACAACAUUUCACGACAGAUCUACCUGACCGACAACCCAGAAGCAGUUGCCAUUAGGUUAAAUCAGACAGCACUGCAAGCUGUGACUCCAAUCACGAGCUUUGAAACAAAGCAGGCUGGUCACCCCUCCAGCCAGGAUGGGAGGUGCAUGGAUAUUCUGAAUGACCAGACAGUUCCAGAGGAGUCUGCUGAAGCUCUCAUCCCCAUGGAGUUAAUUGCACCUGGAACUCCCAUUCAGUUUGACAUUGUGCUUCCUGCAACGGAGUUCCUAGAUCAGCACAGGGGCGGAAGACGUACCAAUCCUUUUGGAGAAUCUGAAGAUGGCGAGAAAGAGGAUGAAACAGAUUCACUCCUGCAGCACAUGUUUGUAGUUCGGUUUUUAGGCUCUAUGGCUGUCAGAUCUGACCACACAGUGGAGGUGAUCUAUGAAGCAAUGCGGCAGGUGUUGGCAGCUCGGGCGAUUCAUAAUAUUUUCCGUACAACUGAAUCUCACCUCUUGGUCACCAGCAAUGACCUGAAAUUGAUAGAUCCUCAAACCCAGGUUACAAGAUCAAAUUUUGAACUAGCCAACGUGACACAGUUUGCUGCUCACAAGGAAAACAAGAGGCUGUUUGGGUUUGUGGUUUGUGUCUCUGAAUUGUCAGGUGAAGACGGCAUGAGUGCUUAUGUGUUUGAGAGUAACACUGAAGGUGAAAAGAUUUGCUAUACAAUAAAUCUGGGGAAGGAAAUCAUUGAGGCUCGAAAGGAUCCAAAAGCCCUAGCUCAAUUAAUAUCAUCCAUGCCUCUUACUAACGAUGGAAAAUUCAAGUUACUGAAUGAGCAAUCAGAAGAAGACAACGCUGUACAUGGAGAAGAACAGGAGUCGGAAGCAUAACUUAUAAUUUCUCUCAGAUGGAGAUGAUGUUGCCCAUAAGAGAGUGUGCCCUGUGCUCUCAGCUGUGGUCCAACAUAGGUGGGCUAGAGGAAACACCAAGAGAUAAGAACUUGAUCCAAAUAUUUGGUAUAGAAACUGACAGACUUUUAAAAAUUCUUCCUCAGUACCAAGCCAUCUUGAAUACUGAUGGGAGGACCACAAAGUCAUCACUACCACCAGCAAAGAGUUAAUUCCUCAUGAGCAUGCAUUCAUAAAAUUUAUAAAUACACACCUGUUUCACAUAAUUCUACUAGCAAUAGUAGAGCGGAAGAAAUUUCACAUGCCACAAAGUUUCUGAAAGUCUGAAUAAAAAUACAGAGGCACUUCACAGAAAAAAAUAAUAUUUUGCAUCUUAAGCAAAAUAGAUAGCAGAAUUUAAAUGUUUGGAAUAUAGUUUAGCUAGCAGAAUUGAAGUGUUGGAUUAUAAUCUCAGUGAUAAAUACUUUAUUUGCUCCUAUUUGCAUACCUUUUAAAAAGUAAUGGGAAAGCUAUUUUAAACUAGGCUAUUUAGAAAGCUAUUCAAUAACAGUUUCUACUAAUAUUUAUUUUUGUACUUUUAUCUGAGUUAAGCUUUCAAAAUUAAGUGCCUAAUUUGUGAUAAAACAAAUAACUCGAGCGAAUAGAAAAUAGAAGGACCAGAAAGCAAGUUAGACCUAUUAUGAAUCUCAGUUAUUUACCAAGGCUGAAGAAAAGAUGAGCCAGUGGUUGUCACUGCUAUUCAAAUAAGCCUGUUAAAGGCUAACCUUUUUGCACUGUUCUGUAAGACGAGAUAAUGGCUUUCCUACUUUUACAUGAAAGUUUACAAAAUUGAUAGAAGAGGGACUCCAUUCCUCAGACAAAACAAUUUUUUCAAACCUAGAUAUAAGCAGCACCAAAAGCAUUUUCACACUGCCCUAGGAAAAGCAGUUUCUUCAGAAAGAAGAUCAAGCUAGCCAGUGCUUAUACCAUCUUCUUUAUUUGACAUUCUUCCUUGUGCGGCCAGCACAAAUUUGGAAAAAUAUCUGUUUUGUCAGCCUUAGGUUUACUCCUUUAAAUUAUAAACAUGUUGUAAGUAAAUUACAAUGAUAGCUGAAUCUCAUGAAGAAUUUUAUCUGUCUUUGUUUAUAUGUUGUUUCAAUAUUAAAAACAAGGUCCACAUCUUGCACUACAACAGUUUCAGCAAUAAUGGCUAAAGUAAGAGCCUGAAAAAUAGGUGAGAAUUUAUGUGAAUUACAGUACGGGACAUGUUAUGAUUUAGUCACAUCUUAAGAUUUUUAAACCAGAAGGCUAGAAAAAUACCAGUAGAUUUUCUGAAAGAAUAUUGUACCGAAGUUUUCUGUAUUAAUGAUAUUCAAAUUGUUCUACUUAGUACAAUAGAUACUAAGUAGAUCAAAUCAUUUAAGUGCAAUAAGCUUAUAAUGGCUGAAUCUGCUCCCAGGUUAAUAUUACCGUCCAAUCUAGUUGAUAUAAACUAUAUGCAGUGAAACAGAAACGGAUAAUUUGACUGCUUUAGAAUAGGCCUGUCAAAACUGGCGGCCCGCAGGUUGGAUAUGGCCCACGCAGGCCACACUCAUCCCGGCUCUGCAAAGCAAAAAAUAUUGUGAUACGUCACAAUAUGCCCAAAUUUGAUACCCCUGUCCUAGAGGUUGAAGCAGAAGGUAUUGUUGAGAUUCCACACAAAGGUAUCUUACUGGUGAUCCAUCCAUAAAUGAAGAACUAUUAGAACUGACUGACAAUGAUUACAUUUAAGCAAGUAUACUUCACUGUUUUUGUUAUCCAUUAGGAAGAAUGUGGGGCACAUUUCUAAAGGAAAUUUAUUUCAACACAUUACCACAGAAUAAAUUCUAUUUCAGUUUGCCCCAUGUAGUUGAUUAAAUCAAUCCUAGCGUUCUCGCUUAGCUGUAGAUUGAAGUAUCUACAUUGGCAAACCUGGUUCUCAUGAAAGAUACAGCAUUCAAAGAAGUCAAAACAUUCCAGGCUUGUGACCACUAUAUACAAAUCCAUUUUUUUUCCAAAGUUGCAUUUAUUAACAUUAUGUACAGAAUAUCUAACAGAAUAAAGUAUUGAGGUAACAGUU